AUGAAUGCUACUUAUUAUCCACCUCAGGUUUCAGGUCAUAGAGCUACUUCAUCAUUUCAUUAUGCUCCAACUACUACUACAAAUUAUCAACAACCAGCCCCACCACCACAACAACAAUCAUAUUAUCAACAUGGACAUAGUCAGUCUUAUUAUCAACCACCAACUCAACAAGUUUAUAAUCAACAACAACAAUUAUUACCACCACCUCCACCACAACCAAUUCAUUUCCAAGCCCCACCACCAAUGGUUAUGCCUAUUAAUCAAAUAAUUCCACCACCACAAGCAGUACUGCAGAAUAUACCGAGUCAACAACAACCACAACAACAACAAGAAGUAAAUGGAGGUAUCAACUCCGUAUUGGAGUAUGAUUUAAAUCAAAUGUCUUCAUUUUUAGGUUGGUGUACAUUUGGAAUGUUAAAACAACAAUCAUCACCUUCAAAAGAUUUUGAAAACUUAAUUUCAUCAGUGUUAUUUGCAACAAGAUUACCUAAAUCUACUAUUAUAAUUGCGUUAGAAUAUAUGAAUCAAAGAUUUUCAUCGAAAUUAUUAAGUGCUAAUUUAACUGAACAUGAAAUUUUUAAUUAUCUUGUUGUUUCAUUAGUAUUAGCUAAUAAAUUCAAUGAUGAUAAUACAUUCACUAAUAAAUCAUGGUGUGGAGCUACUGGAUUACAAUUAACUAUAUUAAAUUCAAUGGAAAAAAUUUGGUUAGAAGAAGUUAAAUGGACAUUAUCAACAACAAAUUUCGAAAGAAAUUUACAAGUAUUAACUCAAUGUUGGAAAACUUGGUGUGAAAAAUAUGGAACAGAUGCAAUAAAAUCAUCAUCACCAUUACUCCCUUCUACAACAACAAAAACUCCAACAUCAACUUCAUUUUUAAUGAAUCCACAACAAGUUUAUUCAACACCUACAAUAUCACCAUCAUCAGUUAAUUUUAUAGAUCAAUCGUCAUCACCUUAUGAUAAUUAUAGUUAUCAACAACAUUACAAUCAACAACAACCUUAUUUAGGUUCAUCGCCAGUUUAUCAAGAUUUUGCCAAUGCUCAAUAUAAUCAAUAUUAUCAACAACAAUCUCAACAACAAUAUCCAUAUCAUCAUUAUAAUAAUUUUAUAAAUCAACCUAAUUAUAACGUAGGUCAAUUUUAUAUGGCAACUUGUUGA